CUUACUGGCUUGGAAUUCCCUCCUUUGGUACAGCGGAAACAAAAUGGUCAAAGCACUCUCUCUUGUAUUUUGCUUUUCCUUGCUGUAUGGUUUCUCAGAAUCCAAACAGGUCACUCUACUACCUGAAGCUCUUGGAUCGCUUAAUCUCUCAUACAUCCAGAAAGUUGGGAGUUGUUCUUACACGAUUACCAUAACAACGAGCUGUUCCUCCAGCAAGUACACGCGAGAUCAGAUCAGUAUUUCAUUUGGGGAUUCUUAUGGCAAUCAGAUUUAUGCACCGAGAUUGGAUGAUCCAUAUACAAGAACAUUUGAACAAUGCUCCACAGAUACAUUUCAGAUUUACGGUCCGUGUGCAUAUCAGAUUUGCUUUGCAUACCUCUAUAGAAGUGGACCGGAUGGUUGGAAACCAAGUAGUGUGAAGAUAUCUGGUUAUUAUUCAGGGGAUGCUAUGUUCAACUACAAUACCUUUAUCCCUGAUGAUGUUUGGUACGGAUUUGAUUUGUGCCACAAUGAUUCUCCCUCGCACAAAUUAGCUAGUUGGGGUUGGUUUGUGUCUUUGAUUGUGGGUUUCUGCCUUAGUGCUCUCUUGUAACUAUCAGUUGCCUUUAUGUUCCUACUUAACGUUGGUUAGUCUUGUAUUCUUACAUUAUUGUCGAAGGAACAAAAAUAUAUUUACUUGAACUUACUGUUGAGUAAAUGCUUAUUUUGCUAUU